UCCUGAAAACAAAACAAUACACUGGCAAUAUCCCGUGCAUCCAUGCACGCUGCAGGAGAUAUAAUGUAUGUGCUGCACUGCACGCGACAUAAAGCGCGCGGGGUUGUGUGGAGCUCUGCAUAAAAAAUUAAUUCGCGCGUGCAGUUGUCAGGACGCGGCAGCGUGAAGUCAGCGCACGAUGGACCCGGGUGGUGGUCCUAGCGACGGACAUACCUUCGGCCAGCGACAGCCGCCACUCUACGUUACCAUCCAGAAGAUUCUGGACAAGUAUCCGGACGGCCAAAUAUUCAAGGAGAUAAUUCAGAAUGCUGAUGAUGCUGGAGCAAGCACUGUGCACUUCUACCUGGACAGCCGUCAGCAUGGAUCACAGUCACUGAUCUACAGCAGUAUUGGCCAGUUUCAGGGACCGUCUCUACUCUCCUACAAUGACGCCAUGUUCCAGGAAAAGGACUGGCAGAGUAUUCAGGACAUGCAGCAGAGUGUAAAAGCGGAAGACCCUUUCAAAGUUGGAAAGUUCGGGAUCGGUUUCAACUCAGUCUAUCACAUAACAGACCUGCCCACCAUUGUCAGUGGGAACAGACUGGCCUACCUUGACCCACAUGAGGAGAUCUGGCCUCGACAGACUGGACAGUGGUAUGAAAUCAACCAGAAUGCACACUGUUCAGACACAUUUGCGCCUUUUGAAGCCCUGUGCGGGUUUUCAGUUAGAAACCGUAGCUACAAUGGUACUUUGUUCCGGUUUCCAUUGCGCAAUGUAAGUCGAGCAAGGCGGGUGUCAUCUCAUACAUAUGACAUAAAUAAGCUUCGAAACCUGCUCAGCGCUCUUCGGGGAGAAGCCCAGUGCAUUUUGCUCUUUCUUCGAUCAGUUCGCAGUGUGAAAGUUUUCGAAAUUGGGAGUACUGGUAAGCAUUCAAACAUCUUGGAUAUCGGCAUAUCUGAAGUUUCGCCACUCAAUGAACUGAGUCAAACGCAUGCAAUAUUUCAAGCUAACCUCAAGAGGCGUUUCGAAGCGCAAUCCUACGGCUUCAGGGAUAUGUUGAGUGAAGUGGUACAUGUUCAGGUCGAUGUUAACGAUUAUCAAACACGAAAAUCAGGUUCCAGCAAGUGGCUGGUAGCAACCCAAGUGGGAUCCCAGUCGGACGAAGUAAGAAGACUAGCGAAAGAAUUGAAAGCGUUCCCUUGGGUUGGGGUGGCACUAGAAACAAGUGGCAGUAGCAGUGGCGGCCGAGUGUAUUGUGUUCUGCCAAUGCCUCUUGAAGUAACAUGUAACUUACCGGUACAUGUCAAUGGUACAUUUAGCCUCAAUGACGAACGGCGGGAACUAAAAUGGCAAACUAUUGAGCGACGAAACGAUCCAUCAGCUCAGUGGAACCAUUUGCUUGUCAGAGAGCUCCUGCCUCCCUGCUAUGCCAUGCUGCUUCUAGACCACGCUAAGAUUCUUCUAGAGCCUGAUCAGUUCUGCCAAGCCUGGCCUGAUACCAGUAAGGUGACGGGAACACCCUGGCAAGAAAUACUCUCACCUCUCCUGAGAACCCUGUUUUCCAGUGAGGUCAUUCCUUUCUCAAAACCAGGGGGAUUCCAUACAUGGAUUAAGGUCAGCUCAGCUAUCUUUGUUCCCAGAGGAGUAACGCUACACGCAGCAGUGAAAACUGCCCUUGUAGCCUGUGGAGUGAAGCUGGUAGCCGUAAAGGAUAGAAUUUGGAAUGCUUUGAAGUUCUCCAACAUUGCUCAUGCGACAGUUUCAGCUUCUUUAGCUAGAGCUGAGUUACGAAAAACACCUAAUAGCUACACUACGCUCUCCAGAGAGCAGAAGCUAGAGUUGCUUCGAUACUGUCUCUCAGACAACCAAUACGGAGACAUGCAAAACCUAGCGCUGUUGCCACUUGCUAAUGGAACCUUUACGUUGUACCUUUUCGGGACAUACCGUAACAGUGCAGUCUACCUAUGCACAGCACAGUGCCCAAGGCACCUUCUCCCAUCUCUCGAAGGAGAAUUAGUGGAUGAUAGUAUUGACCCCCAGAUUUAUGCAAAGUUGAAUGCCAUAGCCAGUGGAGUGUACAAUAGUAACCUUCAUGUCCUCACUGUACACAGUGUGGCCAGUUUACUUGCAAGAGUUCUGCCAAACCACAACAAGAUUUAUCUGCCUUACUCAAAGUUUGAUAUGCAGUGGUUGGAGCGACUGUGGUAUUGGAUACCUGGGGAAAGCUUGCAUCUCUUUCAAAACCUGCCGCUAGUGCCAGUAGGUGAGUCCACUGUAGUAAUGAGGCUCAGUAAGGCAUCAGCGGUUUUGUUCAUUCCAAGUAGUACUCAGAACUAUGGCAAUCCCCUUAUCAGUGCUCUGCAGAAAUUGGGUGUAGAGUGCUGUCUGCAGAAAAGGCAUCCAUUUGUACACCAUAGAAACAUUCACUCCGUGAUGAAUAUCUUUUCUCCGGAAGGAAUUAUAGGUGCAAUACAGGCUGCAUCACCUUCACACCACAGCAUCUCAUUCACCAGGGAUGAGGCUGCCGAGCUUAUCAUGCAAGUGAAUAACACCAGAGGCCUAAACUACCAACAGCAAGCUAUACUAAAGGAGAUACCAAUGUUCACAACACUACAAAACAAGCUUUCUUCAGUGGCACAAGUAGAAAGGUCCACUGGAAGAGGGGCUCAGAUCGAGCCUCCAAGUUUCCCGCUGAGCACGGAAAAUCUCCCCCAAAGUGUUGUGCUUUUCUCAGGGUCAGGCUUUUACCAAAAGCCACUAUUGCAAAACCUCUCUGUGCAUUGCACAACAACAGUUGACGUCCUCACUAGACUCAUUUUCCCUGAAAUUGAAGGAGGGGCACUGGGGAGAAAUGCAGCAAAGAAGAUAAUGAAAGAAGUGUUAGAAAAAUACAAUGUGAUCACGUCGAGCAUUGGUCAUCGUAGUGUAGAGGCCUUGCAACAGGCAAUAGCUACACUUCCAUUUGUCCCGGUGUCUAGUGGAAAACCAAAGAGGCCCAAUGUCCUAUACACUCCCUUAGACCCCGAGCUUUCAAACCUCUUUUUCCAAGAGUCGGUAUUUCCAUUGGACCCAUUUGCAGGGGGUAAAUACGUCAAGAUUCUUAAAUUGUGCGGACUUAAGACCUUUGUGUCCAAACAAGAAAUUGUUGACAUCAUCAGCAGUGUCGGAUAUCCCGGUAGUAAUGAUCCUGUGAGAGCCGACGAGGUUAGAGGUACCCGAGCAAAAGCGAUUCUGACGUACAUAAAGCGGUGGGAGCAUCAGCUGAAUGAGAAUGUGUACAUUGGAGCACACUCGCGGCAUCUCCACCAGCGAAGCUUACAGUUCUCACAAGCACUGAGAGAGCUGUCUGUCACCAAGUGCUGGUUGCCAGUUCAGUCGUCUCCUCCAAGAAAGUACCCGUCGUGCCUCACCUGGAAAGGUAGUAGCUGCGAUUCCCAUUUUGUCUCCUUUGGGUCUUCAGUCCUCUUGCACAAGGAGCAGAUGUCCCUCGCCCUUGCCUGUGGCUCACAGAUGUACCUUGUCGAGCACUCUCUUCCGCACGCCAUAUGCAAAGCUUUUGAGCCAGCACCUGAAGACGUGGUAAGGCACAUAAUGGCUCAUUUGGAGACAGUUAUUUUGAGCUGCGAGCAAUUUAGCAAAACUGAAGAAAUCAGAAAUGUCGUGCACACUAUCUACGUGUGGCUGACCAUAUACAGCAGUGAAGGUCACACCGCAGACCUUUCACAACUGAAGGAGACUCAAGAUUGUGUGUGGUUUACUCGACAAAGGAAAUUUGUUCACCCAAAGAACGUUGCACUUGCUCAAAACCCUGAAUUCAGGCACAAUCUGGUGCCCUUCGUCUACAUCCUUCCAGACGAUCUAGCACAGUUUGAGUGCCUAUUCAAGGAUCUCGGUGUCCAGGAGAUGGUCACUAGAGAACAGAUCCUGGGAAUCCUCCCAGCAAUCAAAGAAGGAGACUCCCACAGUCUGGGUAUCAGUAGUGAACAAUCCUGGCAGUUGGUUAUGGCCAUACUACACUGGCUAACGGAGAGCGAGGAAGGUGAAAUUGUCGAAAAUGACUUAGAAGAUCUGUUAGUCCCGGUACAAUCCGAUGAAACAUGGCCUCAGCUUGUUGCAGGAGAGGGUGUGGUCUACACCGAAAAUAACUUCCUGCAAGACUGCUACGAGCACUCUGAGGAUAACGAAGCUGACCUUACUUUUGUCCAUAGCCGAGUCACUUCUGAGAUGGCGUCCCAGUUGCAACUGACCUCACUGAGCCAGAAGCUCAACAUUUCAGAUGAUGCUUUUGAGGACGUCGGUCAAAGUGAGCCGCUUACAGUCCGACUCAGAAAUAUUCUAAAGGACUACAAGGACGGUCUCACAAUCAUCAAAGAACUCCUUCAAAACGCUGAUGAUGCCGGAGCUACAGAAAUGAAUAUCUGCUAUGACAAACGGUGCCACACGGACAAGCGCAGGGGCCUGUUCUUCCCUGGAAUGGUUGAGUGUCAUGGACCUGCAUUGGUUGUCAACAACAAUGCCAUGUUCACAGAAGAAGACUUUGUGAACAUCACCAAACUAGCAGGAGCUACAAAGGAGGCCCAAUCCUUGAAAAUUGGAAAGUUUGGCAUAGGCUUCUGCUCUGUGUACCACAUCACUGACGUCCCUUCAUUUGUCAGCAGCGACCUUUUGUACAUAUUUGAUCCGACGCUGAAAUACCUCAAGAAAGAAAUAAAGAAUCCAGCGAGACCAGGAAAGAAACUCUGCUUUACAUCACCAUUCAUCAGUCGGUCUAAACAACUGGAACCAUAUUUAGGAGUAUUUGAGUUCGAUCCUGCAGUCCAGUACAAAGGAACAACAUUUCGCUUCCCUUUCCGAAUGACAGUAAGUGAAUUGAGUGAGAAAAUUUACACGGAUCGUGACAUAAAACAGCUCAUGGAACAGAUGCAGAAGUCGAAUUCGAAGCUCGUGCUGUUUCUUCAGAAUAUAGACUCCAUCACAUUUUCUCAAGUAAACCGUGGGCAGAAGCAGCCGAGAGAAUUGAUGAGAAUCACAAAGAAUACAGAAACUUUGGCUGAAGGCAGAUGUAUACACUCAAUCACUUGCUCAGUCAACGGCUCAGCCGACACAACUGAAUACUGGCUAGUGGAAACAAGUAGCCAGACUGUACUCCAGAAAUAUUCCACUGCAUCAGUUGCAUGUUCACUUACUCUGAUUAGAGAUGAAGAAUGCCUUCCUAUUCACGUCAGUAGCAAUUUUGCUGUGAUUAACAACAGAAGAGGAAUCUGGACUUCCGACGAAAGCGAUACUGCGAGGAGUGAGGAAGUCAAAUGGAACGUUUCCCUGAUGAAAACUGUCAUCUGUUCCGCUUACUGUGGGCUACUAGAAGCACUGAAAGAAUUGCAGAGCGAUUCAAAACUCGAAGAAUAUAAAUACUUUUCAAUUUGGCCUGUUGAAGAAGAGCUGCUAGUUUACAAUCCAUGGCAUUACUUUGUAGAGGAACUAUACAGAAUCAUUGCAGAAAGGGACCUGUUUUUCUCAGAUUCAACUGACAGGUGGCUAACACUGGAUGAGAGUAAAUUUCUUGAUCCUGAUAUUCUCAGAGUUUCCUACAAUUCACCAUUUCCCUGUGCUGUGUUAGACAUUGUCAAGCAUAUUGAAUUACCUGUCGUCCACCUUCCAAAGAAGUAUCACGAACACCUUGAUCUCGCUGAAUCAAUUGAGACAGAGAAAACAUUUCUGGAACACUUCUUUGACACUAUUGAUCAACUGGAAGAUGUGCUAGAGAGCCGAAAUGAAGUUCUGUGUCUCGCACUGGAGUGUUACGCCAGUGAACUUGACCGGAAAAAAGAAAGAUUUUCGUAUCUUCAGGAACUCUUAAAAGGGAAUGCCUGCAUUCCUUGUGCACCUGAUGGUGUAGAGCUGAAAAGACCAGAAGAGCUGAUUCAUCCAUCUGCCGAGUUUGCUCAGCUGUUUGACGUUGACGAAAAUGUUUUUCCUCUCCAACGUUUCUGCGACAAAGUUUUCGUGGAUAGGGCAAUGAAGGAACUUGGAAUUGUCCAUGAUUCUAUUCCGCUUAAACUUUUAGAGGACAGAGCCAGUGGUAUAGCAGAGCUCUAUAAAGAGGAGAAACUCAAAGCUAUGGAAAGAGCACAGUUGAUUGUUAAAUGUCUGGAAAAAGAAGAUAAGAGGAAACGUUUUCUUCAGAGAAAUGUUCCAAACUCUCACAGAUUCCAUUUUUACCGUAAUGGAAAAGCCUGA